UAUAAAUGUUGUACUUACAUUUCAGUGAUAUACUUCAGCUGUUUUUUUUCCUACUUGUGAGCUUUGUCCGAAUCCAGAGCUCCUGCCGUCCGGGGAUGAAGCAUGUUAACUUACUUUCAUGGGGCCACGAGCAACUGCCCUGCUUGCCUGCCCUAUGACACCCUCCCGCUCCACCCCCGAGUCACAAUCCCUGUUGAGAGAAACUGAUCUAGAUGAGUUGAGUACCCCUCGUAAAACCUCUGUGUACCCUAUGGGGUAUUGGUUGAGAACCACUGCCCUAAAGGAUGGACAUGACAAGUGCUUAUAUUGCUUAUGGGAGAGCCAUGUACCUUCUAAGUGUGUAGAAAAUGCGUACAGAAAUUUUGAGACUCCAUCAACGAAAUGACUCAACCAUAUUGUAUAUAUAACUAAAUUCCAAAGGAUGUGGAUAUUUUAGAUGAUUGGGCCAAGAGAUGGGAAAUGACUCUAAAUGUGGACAAAUAUGUUAAUUGGGGAGCAAAGAACUAAGGAGUAUGAUCUAAAUGAAACAGUUCAUUAAAUUGAUUGGGAAACAAAUUAGUGACGUGACAUUGGAAAUCAGUGUAAGAAAAUAGGUGUUAGAAGGACAGAAUGCAAAACCAGUUAAUGCUUUUAUAAGAUGCUUGUUGAUUCCCCCACUAGAAUACCAUAUUUACACAGCAUGAUCUUGUGGUUGAAAUCAGGGGUCUAGGAGUUAGCACUUUUGGGUUUUCUUCUAAGUUUUACCACUGCCUCCCUUUGUCAUCUCGGACAAGUCCCCUAACCUCUGUAUUCUUCAGUUUAUCCACCUGGGUAUUUUUAAAAAAAGUAAAAUCCCUUACCUCACAAGGCUAUUGAGGUAUAAUGUUUGUAAAGUGCCUUAAGAUCAUUAGGUGAAAGGUGCUAUGUCAAUAUGUAGUGAUAGUAGGAUAACAAAGAUUAUUACUAAUUCUUUAAGUAAUCUAAUUUAAAAAUGCUUGAUUUCAUCCCUGGUGCCACUCGAGUGACAGAUUUUUUUUUUUAAUCCACUUAAUUUUUUUCCUGUCCAGGAAAUCAGAAAUUCAGCCUCUUAGACAUCACCAUCUUGAGAUUCUACACCUUUUUCUAAACACUUCUGUGUAUAAUACAGUACUCAAUUUAUAUAUUUCAUAGAACACUAUUCAGGCCGCAAGAACCUUUAGCAGCAGUUCACUUUUUUGGUGUGUCAGCUCUUCAAACUUAAUUUUUUUCCUGCCUUUAGACGUUCCAUAAUAUUCUAAUAUUUGGUUAGUAUUGGAUAUUUCUUUAUUGGACAUCUUGGAGCCUAUUUUUAAAUGUGAAGAUCAUGAAUAUUAUAAUCAGGCACUGGUGGUAGAGAUCUAAAUCUGAGUUAUUUGUAGUGGAGUGUAAGAUGUGGGCACUAGUGAAGAAAUCUUAGUGAAAGGUGAUUCAGUUCCUGUAUGUUUCAUUUCUGGUUCAGAAUAAAGCCAUGCAAAAACACCAACUCGUUCUUGACCUAAAAAAUAGAUACUAUGGAAAUAAAUUGACAGCGCAGAUUAAGCCAACAAAGAUCACUCAGUGGUGGGGGGGAGGGGUAGCUCAGUGGUUUGAGCAUUGGCCUGCUAAACCCAGGGUUGUGAGUUCAAUCCUUGAGGGGGCCAUUUAGGGAUCGGGGCAAAAAUUGGGGAUUGGUCCUGCUUUGAGCAGGGGGUUGGACUAGAUGACCUCUGAGGUCCCGUCUAACCCUGAUAUUCUAUGAUUCUAUGAGAAGUGCAUGGAAUAGGACUGGCUGACUGAGGAGUCACAGCAGUGUACUGCCAAAUAUAGUUGGGUCUGAGAAAGGUUUGGGGAAAGUUCAUAUGAGGCAGCACCUGUUACUUUUUUCAGGUAGGGGAUUUACAGUUACUUCUCUCAUUAAGCCAUAAUCCUAUAUUUUAACAGCACAAUGCAUUGCAUAAAAAUAAGUAUGUCAGAAAUUCAACAUUAGUCUCACUGAAAGAUAAAAUAAGGCAGGGUAAGCUAGGAAGGAGUAAAUAAGCCUUUAUUUAUAUAAAUGUUAAUUAGCAAGUGGUGCAGGGAAAAUCAUCAUAGGAGUACAAAAUAGGACAGCUGUUCCCUCUAGUCCAGUAGCCUUUCUAACUCUCUAUACUUUCCUUCUCUUGGAGAGAAGCAGCUUUUUUAAAAAUGAAAUUGAUCCACUAGAAGUUAUAUAACUAGUCAAGACAAUAUGUGUAUCUAUUUUGUGGUGUAAUUGCAAGUAAAAUGAAAGGUAAGGGAAGUGGAGCCAUAUUAUCUGAUAUAAAGGAUGUGUGCUAUCUGUGAGGACAUAGUUGGUAACAUUACUGUAUAUUUACUAUUAUGAGUAGUACUAUUUAACUGGGCUUUGUUUUAGAUUACAUUAAUUCCUUUAAAUUGUUUAUAGGAAGGCUUUGCAGAGUUGCUGUUCUGAGACGCUUGUGUGACAUGGUUUGUGACUGAGAUGAUCUUGUCAAAGGACACGGCAAUCCAGUAUCCCCUUUUUUUGUUCUUUGGCUUAUUGUCCAACUUCAUAUAUUGAAGUAUUUUUACUUACAUUUAUAAUAACUUUAAUACUAGUGGGAAAAUAUACAAUGCAAAAUAUUAAUCUCUCAGCCUUGCUACAGAGUCUUUGGUUAUUCAAAGAUAUAAAUCCAAAAGGGCCAGACCUUUAAGCAUGUGAUAGUGAGACCAGAGUGAGUAAAAAACAGAUACACUUCACAGUCCUUAUAAAUGAGCUAAUCAAGAAAGCAUCUAAACUCUUUUGCAAUACUCCAAAAAAAAAAAAAAAAAAAAGACCUAGGUGGAUCUUCAAAAUCUUCCUCCUCCACAAGAAUACAAGAAUUAUAUAAAACUGCAGCAGUAAGGGGAAAACAGUUGGGGUUCCCCACCAGAAUCCCAUAUACAGAGGCAUGAACUAAAGUGGUUUCAGUGUUCUGAUAUCACAAAAUCUAGAUCACAUUUCCUUAGUUUACAGAUAGUCCAUCUCUUAUUCCGUCUUCUGUGUUAAAUCACGUCUGUGCUGCCUAGCACAGAGAUAGAAAUAGUUGGCUGAGGUACAACUCAAAUAAGACCAGAGGUGCUGUAUGUCUAGUGUGGCAAAUAACUAAGGAACUUUCCCUGUGUGGAGGAUGUUUGCCCAGUUAAGUUCAGGGUUUGCAGUUUUUGAGUGAAUUUUGAUAGAAGCCUUGUCUUUUGGGCGUGAUCAGAAAUGGCUUUAUCCAUGGCAUGGUUGCUACCAGUACAGACUCUGGUAUUGUAUCCUUAGCUGUAACUGAGACAGGUGGCAACUAGAUAAAUUUCGGUGGGAUUUGGGAGCCAGUGUCCCUUAAACUCCUUUGAAAGUCUCUUCUCUAAUCUGAACGAGGAAGUCUUGUGCCCAGCUUUCUUCCUCCUGUUCUUUCCCUCAUCUGGCUUCAUAGUUUUGCUCCUGCCUCUCACAGAAGCAGCAUCAGGCAUAUCAGGCUCAUACUCCAUUUUUUUCUGACCAAUGCCUAGUUGGGAGAAAACAGUAUGGAACAAAAAGAUGAAAAGAAAAGGAAGCAGUAAGAUGUAAGGCAAGAACAUGGAUGCAAGUCUUUCAGUCUUACAUCUGGUACCAUUUUGAGAAGAGGGAACAAAUGUAAUUCUCACCUCUUCUUUUUCCUCUGAGGCCAGAAUGUUUUAUCCUCUCUUCUGCCCUAUUCUCCUCCCUUCCACAUCAUGCUGGGUGUUUAGUGUGUGUUCCCAGAGCCUACACUAGAGGCAGCCAUGGAAAAGCAACUUUUUCUCUCUUGUUAAUUGUUUUCUGUAGUAUGUAAGAACUUAUACAGCCCCCUCCCAGGACUUCCUAACAGGAAUGCACACUUAAGCAAAGUUAAUAGUUUAAUGUAGGUUUCAGAGUAGCAGCCAUGUUAGUCUGUAUUGUAAAUUGGUUAGUCUCUAAGGUGCCACUAGUACUCCUUUUCUUUUAGUUUAAUGUAGUGAGUGUAGGCUACCACUUUCAGAGUAGGAAUUUGUCAAGUGGCCAGAUGGCUGAUGGGAGGAGCAGAGAAGAUGACUGGGAUACAAAGUUGUUAAUGAAGUUUAGAUGCUCCCUGUCACAAUGAAAGUUGAAUGAAAGCAAAUUCAGAGGCUGUAUUAACACAAUAAAUAGGUAAAAUUAUUUUUCACCUUCAAAAUGUUUUCAAGUUGUAACUAUUCCUUACUGACAAAUCUUGCCACAGUGAAUCUUUUGUGACCUGUGGGCUGCAGUAAUGCAGCACACUUUAUUUGGGCUGCCUUUAUAAAGCAUUCAUAAAUGGCUAUUAGUGCAGAAUGUUGUACAUGACUGCACCAAGGGUCUUUGCCCUCAAGAAUCAGUGAUGCCUGCACUCUGAAUUGUUGCCUUUUGUUCAGCAGCACUGCUUCCUUGGCUAUCUUGCAUACAUCGUAUAUACAUUUGAAAAUAAUUUAGCAUCAAUCUACCUGAAGGCUCAUUUUAUGACCCUAUCACAGAACUCACAAUCCUCAGAUUUGAAACUAUUUGUUCUAGUUUUAUACGUUCUCUCAUUGUGGUGUACCAAAGUACAUAAAAGACAUUCUUCUAGGUAAAAAUAAGACUCAGAUUAAUUUUUAGUUUGUGAUGUGCAGAAUGUAUUUAUUAUUGAGAUUGUUAGCCUCUGAAGUAGAAGGGACAGAUAUUUAUAUCAGUUGAGUUUCUGGUCAUGUUACAUAACAGAAAUUUCAUUUUAUUUUUGUUUAGUUUUGGUUUUUGAAAUGUUCAAAGCUAUUUGGGUUGGAGCACCAUACAAAUAACUUCAUCAAUAUGCUGCUCUACCGGUCUAUUUUUACAAAAUAGAAUAUCUUGUGAGAAUUGUCAGAAACAGCUGGGUAUCAUCAUAUUCAUAAACAUUUGUUCAUUUAUUACUCCACUAACUAUUUCCCCAAGAUCAAAUCAGCUGUAUCUAUUCAUAAAGGAAGAAACUGUCUCCAACGACUAGUUUUCUUCAGCCGCAUGUUGAAUGGGCAGUUUGUAUGUGGGGAAGUAGAACCCUUUUCUCUUACAAAGGUAUAAUCCCUGCUUCCGCAUCUGACAACCUUUUUUCAUACCAAACAGAGAAGGGUAUUAGAAAGUGCUUAUUUUAACAAGUAGGUCCCCAAAGGCUUUUAGGGAUAUGUGUAAAUUAAAAAUGGACCCUUGCAAAAAAUUUUUUCCAGGGUAUAUCCAUUUUUGAGGGGGAAGAGGGAACAGUUUCAGUAAAGAUGGUAGAAAAUUUGCAUCUUAACUCGUCUGCUUUUUCCCAAAGAUCCGUAGAUUAAAAUUCAUGGUAACAUUCUUGAGUGCAUCAAAUUUCUGGUGCAAUGGUGCACUACUCAUAAUUAGUAUCUUAUAAGGACUUUAAACUGUCUACUUAAUAAUAGCACUUACGUAGUACUUUCAGUCUUCAAAGAGCUUUACAAACAUUAAUUAAUCCUCAAGCACUCCUGAUGUUCAAAAUACAAAUAGAAAAAAACUCUUUAUUUUAUCCUCAAACAUUUCCUCAAACUACUCUAUAAUAAUCUAGGCUUUUCCUUCAAAUUAAUAUGUCUAAAUAUAUGCGUGCACGCAUACUGCUUGCAAAAUUGUGGCUCAUAGGUACAGUUUUCCCUUGUGCAGAAUCCAACAAGAAUUUUUUAGAAGUGGGGAGCCUUAGGAAAACAUGGGUUUCCCAUGAUUAUGAACCAAGUUUAUGAUGAAGUCAAGACAUCUGUUUUAUCCCCAAUUUUUCCAGGGCAUUAGAUAGACCUCUGCCUAAUUCAGGGGCACUUUACUACAAGGCCACAUAAUAUAUUUUUGCUUUUUUCAGGAUAUGGCUCCCCAGUUCAGCAAAGCACUUAAGCGGAUGCUUAAACCCAUUGAUUUUGAUGGGAUUUAAGAGCACUGCAAGUACUUUGCAGAAUUGGGAUGGGGGGGAUAGUCUGGUUGACAGGAAGGGGAGAAGUCUGAUGUCAAAGAACACAGGUUCAGACAAAAUAUUUAAUGUGUUGCCUACGUUUCUACUUUGUUUAGACAUGUGGUUACUUAAAAUUUGAUGAUGGGUGAGGGAUGAACUCUGUUUUAGUGCUCCAGGUCUAUGAAGACAUGUCUCAUAAAAGUAACAUUGAAUGGAAGAAUCUGAAUAAAUGCUUUCAGGUUCCAGAAGCCCUUAGUAGUUUGUAUAGAGUCUAGGUAGAUAACAUGGACAUCUGGUUUUUGGGUUCUAUACUGGAUGUGGUGGCAAUAGAGCAAGCAAAUCUCUUUCCCGAUAGAACAGGGGCAUCCAAAUUCUGCAACAUCAAGGACUGUAUUAAAUCAAUUUGCUGGAGGCUGAGUGUCUUCCUAAUUUGCACAUGAAUUUGCAUAUUUGUUUGCUUAAUUUGCAUAGCCUAAUUUUGCUUUGGGUUUUUUACUAAAAUGAACUUUAGUAUGAACAUAUUUCAUUUCAGUGGCAGGUUAAUCAGAAUACAUAAUUUUUAAAAGGAGAUGCACUUUGUAGUGCAUAUUUUAAAAAAGUAUGUAUGUUCCCAAAAUGCAUGAUGAACAUGAAAAGUGUUACAAAGUUUGAGUGCUCAAUUUUUAAAAGGGUUUUGUGGGGAUGAGGAGAACACCCUUUGUCAAGUAAAGAGCAGUAGCAAAAAAAAAAACUCCAAAUACUGACACAGCUGAAUAAAAAAAAAAAGUCACUUGACAUCAAGUAGGAAAACUGUUUAUAGGUUUACAUUUUCUGUACUCUGCCUGUUUUUCUGCUCUGGAAAUAGCGAGGUCCUGCAGUUGAACAUUCAUUAUUCUAGUAUAGAUUAUAUUAAUUAACCAGUAGAUGGGAUAAUUAUCUGAGGGACAACAAAAAUAACCCAAGCACCCUAAGUAUUAAAAAACACAGAAAUGAUUCAUUAUAGUAAUUUGUAUAAAAUAUUCCAAGACCCAUACAAUUGUACGUUUUGAUACUGGUAAUAUGGGUAUUUAAAACCUCACUUUAUGCAUUUCACAUACAACAUUAAUUCUGACACACACAACAUAUUGAUGCACAAUUAGUAUGAAGUAUAUACUUAAUACAGACAGAGAUCUACAUGUGUUGAUGCAUGGCACUGAGGUGAUCUGUGGAAUGUGUAAAAUGAAUGUGAAAUGUACAGGUUGAAUUCUUAGAUGUCCAUAUCAUUAACCAGAUUAACAAAUGCUACGGGUUAUGGAAUUUCUAAGAAGAAUGAGAGGGUAAAUAGAGUGUGAGUGGGAGAGAAUGUUGAAAGUUGUGUUUCGUGUAGUUGUAUGGAGCACACACAGGUAUGAUGCAUUUUGUAGUCUUUACCAACUUGUGAGGACAAAGGUUGGGACCCUAUUUCAUAUUCCCCGCAAAUUAUUAAAACUGUACUAUUAAGUUAGCCCAUUUGAACAUACACUCAAGAGUCACAAACAGAAAUUAAUUACUUCAACUUGGUUAGAGUUUCCUAAAAUUCAGAACUUGAUGGUUUUUUUUUUUGUUAGCACUGACAGCUUCUCUGUCACUUGUCAUACUGAAGAGUCAUUGGAUGUUUAAUUUAAUACUCGGUGCAAGCAAAAUUUAGCAGCUUUCAUAUUUCUGAAAUUCGCAUUAAAUAACAAUUGAAAAGUUUGACUAGUGAGUUCAUUUUAGUGAGUUUCAGUUUAGUGAGUUUUAGAGAAAUAUACAAUAUUCAUCCCUGAGUUCAUCCUCCAGGUGGCGCUGGUUAUUUUGAUGAUUUCCUGCGGCUGUUUAAACAUAAUUUUCUGUAUGGGGAAUCCUUUGAUUGAUUGGACCAUUCAUAAAAUGCAUGUUUUCCAGGACGCUGCUGGAAACCAGAUGUUUUGCUGGUGGUGUCUUAAUAAAUAUUUUUAUCCAUACAAAAUAAGAAUAAAGAUGAAAAUAAAUGAAAAACACCCAGAGGUGAAUAAUGAUUUUACCUGUUUUACUCCUUAUUUCCCUGUUUUAUUACUGCCUUGUAGCUUCCUGAAGAGCUGGGGCAAUUCAUGUUAUUUAGUCAUGGAGAUAUUGUUUUCUGCCCCUUUCUGGUUCUGGAGCCUUCAGCAGCACAACUGAAUUUUCAAAGGAAAACUCUUUUGAAGUCCUCUUUUUUUUUUUUUUUCUUUGUCUUCCUCUCUCUCCAUCCCCCCCUUUCACCGUCUGUCAAGUUCAAGAGCAGCUCAGAUGCCAUGAAUUAAGUGAAGCACAAAAGGGAAAAAGGAGACCCUUUUGAAGAACAAAGGCCUCCCAUUAGGCUGCCGUGUUCUUUCUCUGACCAAAAUCGCUCCCUACAUGGUUUCUAUUGCUGUCCACAUGCCCUGCACAUAAGACUCAAGAAUGAACAAUCCGUCAGAAACCAGUAAACCACCAAUGGAGAGUGGGGAUGGGAACACAGGCACACAGACAAAUGGCCUGGACUUUCAGAAGCAGCCUGUGCCCGUUGGAGGGGCAAUCUCUACAGCCCAGGCUCAGGCCUUCCUUGGACACCUUCAUCAGGUCCAGCUCGCUGGAACAAGUUUACAGGCUGCUGCUCAGUCCUUAAAUGUACAGUCUAAAUCUAAUGAAGAAUCUGGGGACACCCAGCAGCCAAGCCAGCCUUCCCAGCAGCCUUCAGUGCAGGCGGCCAUACCCCAGACCCAGCUCAUGCUGGCCGGAGGACAGAUCACCGGGCUCACGUUGACGCCAGCCCAGCAGCAGUUAUUAUUACAACAGGCACAGGCGCAGUUGCUGGCGGCUGCAGUGCAGCAUUCAGCCAGUCAGCAGCACAGCGCUGCAGGUGCCACCAUCUCGGCCUCCGCUGCGACGCCGAUGACGCAGAUUCCUCUUUCUCAGCCAAUACAGAUUGCACAGGAUUUGCAGCACCUGCAGCAGCUCCAACAGCAGAAUCUCAACCUGCAACAGUUUGUGUUGGUGCAUCCAACAACCAACUUGCAGCCAGCACAGUUUAUCAUCUCACAAACGCCGCAGGGGCAGCAGGGUCUCCUGCAAGCGCAGAAUCUCUUAACGCAACUACCUCAGCAAAGCCAAGCCAACCUCCUGCAGUCUCAGCCAAGCAUCACCCUCACCUCACAGCCAGCAACCCCAACACGCACAAUAGCAGCAACCCCCAUUCAGCCACUUCCACAGAGCCAAUCAACACCAAAGCGAAUUGAGACUCCCAGCUUGGAGGAGCCCAGUGACCUUGAGGAGCUUGAGCAGUUUGCCAAGACUUUCAAACAAAGACGGAUUAAACUUGGAUUCACUCAGGGUGAUGUUGGGCUCGCUAUGGGCAAACUCUAUGGAAAUGACUUCAGCCAAACUACCAUCUCUCGCUUUGAAGCCUUGAACCUCAGCUUUAAAAACAUGUGCAAGUUAAAGCCACUUCUGGAAAAGUGGCUCAAUGAUGCAGAAAAUCUCUCAUCUGAUUCAGCUCUCUCCAGCCCAAGUGCCCUGAAUUCCCCGGGGCUGGGGAUUGAGGGCUUGAACCGUAGGAGGAAGAAACGCACCAGCAUAGAGACCAACAUACGUGUGGCCUUAGAGAAGAGUUUUCUGGAGAACCAAAAGCCUACCUCGGAGGAGAUCACCCUGAUAGCUGACCAGCUGAACAUGGAGAAGGAGGUGAUCCGCGUUUGGUUCUGUAACCGGCGCCAGAAGGAGAAAAGGAUCAACCCACCCAGUAGUGGUGGAACCAGCAGCUCUCCCAUCAAAGCAAUUUUCCCUUGCCCAACCUCACUGGUGGCAACCACGCCAAGCCUUGUGACAAGCAGUGCAGCUACUACCCUGACUGUCAACCCUGUGCUCCCUCUAACUAGUGCUGCUGUAACUAGUCUGUCAGUCACAGGCACAACAGAAACCACCUCCAACAACACAGCAACCGUGAUCUCUACAGCACCUCCAGCUUCCUCAGCAGUGACUUCACCCUCUCUGAGUCCUUCCCCUUCUGCCUCAGCCUCCACUUCCGAGGCAUCCAGUGCCAGUGAGACCAGCACAACACAGACAACCUCUACUCCCUUGUCCUCCCCUCUUGGGACCAGCCAGGUGAUGGUGACGGCAUCAGGGUUGCAAACAGCGGCAGCAGCUGCACUACAAGGCGCUGCACAGUUGCCUGCAAAUGCAAGUCUCGCUGCCAUGGCUGCUGCAGCGGGGCUAAACCCAGGCUUGAUGGCACCCUCACAGUUUGCAGCUGGAGGUGCCUUACUCAGUCUCAAUCCAGGGACGCUAGGUGGUGCUCUCAGCCCAGCUCUGAUGAGCAACAGUACGCUGGCAACUAUUCAAGCUCUUGCAUCUGGUGGCUCUCUUCCAAUAACAUCACUGGAUGCAACUGGGAACUUGGUGUUUGCCAAUGCUGGAGGUACUCCUAACAUCGUUACUGCCCCGUUGUUCCUGAACCCUCAGAACCUUUCUCUGCUCACCAGCAACCCAGUUAGCUUGGUCUCUGCAGCUGCCGCUUCCGCAGGGGCCUCUGGACCAGUCGCCAGCCUUCAUGCCACCUCCACCUCAGCUGAGUCCAUCCAGAACUCUCUCUUCACAGUGGCCUCUGCCAGUGGGGCCACUUCCACCACCACUACUGCCUCCAAGGCACAGUGAGCCGGGCUGAGCUGUGCUACCACCAGCCUGUUUCACUCUGCAGUGGGAUUGGCUGCCAGCUGGGUUUAUAAACUGAAAAGUGUGAUCGGCUUCCUCUCGCCAUGUUGCUGGGGACAAGGGAGAGACGGAAAAAUAUAAAAACAAAACAGGAAGGAUUUAAAGCUGGGACAGACAUUUGCCUAAUUUUAUAAUAAACACUGUCUUUUCAGGAUCGCUUCAUGGAUCGGAGAGCUUUCUAACCAAAAAUGUAAAAAAACAAAAAACAAAAAAACAAAAAAAAAGUGAAAGGACUACUUAUCAUUUCCAGCAGUCACAAUGACAAGUUAAGGUGGGUUAUCAACUCAAACAUAGGAAGGGGAUUUCUUAGUUCUUUUGGUCUAAAUAUCUUUUUUUUUUUUUUAAUUAUCAUUUUAUAGGUCUGUUGUACAGGCCGUUAUGUCAUACAAGGUGUUUAUAAUCGUAUCAAUCGUGUUGGGGGUUCCUUUCUUAACUGGUACAAUUUAGGCAGGCCUGUAUUACUGGUGUAUCUCUAUUAUUAUUAUGGUUAUUAUUAUUAUUAUUAUUUUUAUAUAUAUGGUUUGGACGCAUUUGUCUUUGCUCCUGGAUCGUUUUCAGUGAGCUCCCACGCCAUGAGGAGAGGGGAGAGAAAGAGGGAAACAUGAGGAGGCUUCCUGUCCUAAUCUCCUGGGAGCAUUCCUCACAGUUUCCUCAUCCUUGAACUUGUUUUACAGUGACUUAUACAGAGGUAUCGAGAGAGAGAGAUUAUUUUCACAACUUUUGCAGGAAGCUCGAUGUAGAGGCAGCAAGUUGUGUGCAAAUCUCCAGGCUAGUCUGUGCUGUUAAGAUGAGGGAGGUAGAAAUAACUUCUAUACUACAGCUCUCCUUCAUCCAAUUACUUAGGCUAAAGGGCCAAUUUUGCUCUGAGUUGCAUGAGCAGGAUUUGGCACUUAGAGCCCAGACUAUUUCAGACAUCUGUUUUGGUGGUUUUACUGUAUUUUUAGGAUUUUGCCCCUUUAAAAAAAAAAAAAUCCUAAAAAUGCAAAGUUACCUGAGGAUGCCAAUAUCACUAAUAUCUAAAGGCAUCCACAGUCCAAGCUUCCUACCAACUGACUUGGCACAGGAUUUUGAAAGGUGAAACUGGCUUCUCUAAUCAAAGGAAUAUUCCCUUGCAUGUUUUUUGUUGUGUACAGGGAGCUGCAUUGGAACAGUUUUCCACUGCAAGUGCUUCUAUCUACAGGGAUAGAUGUCAGGUCUGUUGGAACAGAAGUUUCUGCCAAUUUCAUGCCAACACAACCGUAAGAAAGCACUCUCGGCUUCCUUGCGCCCUUGUUCUGUUUUAAAUAGCUUGUAGGUUUUUUUUUCUCUACCACCCUGCUUGGUGCUUUGGAAAUAGGAGACAGUGACCAAUCAGCUGGAAUUGUCCAACCUGAUGUGGGAAAUAGCACCAGACUAUCUAGUCAACACUGGGACUUUGCACACAUCUUGGUGUUCUCACGUGGUCUCUGAGGAGUGAUGUUGCUACCUUGAUCAAAAUGGCAAUAAGCAUCUCUGACUAGAGGCUCAGUGUUGGCUUGCUGACGUAGCUGUGUCUCUAGGGUUGUUUCCAAUCCACAUAACAAGGAGCAUCUCAGAACAGAGAGCUUAUGAGAAUGGAUGAGGAAGAAGAGUAGGUUUCCAGAGGUUAGUGAUGUAUAUUUUUUAAUAUACCAAUCGAGUUUCUGAACCAAAAAGAUUUCUAAAGAGAAGACUGGAUCUCUGCAAUGCAGUUCACUUUGAACUUUCCAUUCCUGUUGGAUUUAAAAGUUUCUGCCACGUGUUUAAAACACAUUUACACUCAGUUAGGGAGGGUGUCACGAGCACCCCCUCAAUGUUUGGUUUUGGUUGGGGGGGUGGUGUCACCAGGGAGCUUCAAGAUAGCAAGUUUAUGUAGUUAGGUUGGCUUUUGCUGAUCAUCAAGGGGGAUCUUGGAAUCUCUCACCACCUGAGAUCAAUAAGACAGCAACUUAAACCCAACAUACAUUUGGUCUGUGACCCAAGUGUGUGGGAUUUACAUUUAUAUUCAAAUGGCAGAAACUCUUAUCUCUUCUUCCCCUCACUCAUGUUUUUCUCUGUUCACGUCUUACUCUCUCUCCACCUUCCUGUUUCACAGAUUAUUUAAAAUAAUUAUCCAUAAAAUUUCAAAACUAGUGAACUGCAAGCAGGGAAACUAACAAAUGUCCGUCCACCAUUUGUAAUGUGUUCUUGAUUUUUUUUUGUUUUGUUUUUUAAAACUAAGCUUGAACCAAAGUCAAUUUCUAGCAAGCUGCUGUACUAAUGGACUAGUUUGUAUAAGUGCAGUUCAGACGCAGAGAGGCGAUAGAUGCUACUGACAAUUUCUUUUUCAUUUGUCUUGUUUUUUAUUUUAUAUAAAGUUGCUGCUUGUUUUAAUCUUUUUUGGGGGGGGAUUGAUAAUUUGUAUAUCCUUGGGGCAGACUCUUAACUUGGUUUUUUUAACUAGGGUUUUUUUUGUUUGUUUGUUUGGUGUGUAAAUAGAAUGGCAAUGUCAGGUGAUUACUAAUCCAAGUGGUCCCCCACUCCUCCACCCUACCGGUUAAAUAAAUUUAAAUAUUCUGGUGUGACUGAAGUCUCUGUGACUUCAGUCUGUGCAGAAGAUUUUAGGGCUAUGAAUAAUGUAGAAUAUAAAUUGCCCAUAGUGUAACAGCUUUGGAGCAGUAAAAGGUAUAGAUGGGUAUGAUUCAGGGAGGGAGAAGUGGAAGAGGAGAUGCUGAUUACCCACUAUGUUGGUCUAGAGGCCAUAGCAUUGACUAUAGUUUCUACCAAAGGAAAUAUCAGUCCCAUGGGACUUGUAGUCAGCCAAGUAAGAGGGCAGGAAAUGCUGCAGCUACAAUGCUUGCACUUGGGUCUGAAAAUUCCCAGUCACCUCCAGGCACUCUUAAAAGGAAAAUUUACCAAGAGCCUGUUUGUUAAAGGGCAUUCGGAUGAUAUCCUCUCCACUGUAUCCUCUGUUUUCUGAUGGAUCUGGGGCUGGGAGGUGAGUCCUGUGCGUUUAUCUAGGAAAUACAAAGAAUGUGGGCCUUAAAUCAGCAUAAAAACCUCUCUCCGCAGUUCAAAGGGACUGUGCCAUCAGUUGUCUAGAUGAUUUUUAACUUCCCAUUCUUGUUGGUUUGUGGCUGAGAGGGGGGUGUGAUGCAUACAUAUCUGGAACACUAAUGCAGCUUGGAUGGUUAUUUAUUAUAAAAAAAUUGAUUUUUCCUGAUUCCUUUUGCAUUGGUCACAUGGCUUUGGUGUGAGCACCUUAAACUUUCCCUCCCUCAUCCUUUGCUAACCAGUCACCCUGUAAGGGGCCCAGACUCCAGGGAGCUUCUUAGUGGUCUCUUCUGAAAGAAAUUGGAAACUUUAAGUAGCCACAUGUCCAGGGAGGUUUGGCUGAAAUGCACUUCUUUUUGCCCUGGGGAACUGGCAGUAGAUUGUCCUAUCCUACCACACCUUCCACUCCCCCCUUGGCUCAAGCCCAGUGUGUUUUUAUUUCCUAUCAAAGAACAUGUCAAUGUCUGAUUGUAGACCUGUUGUUCAGUAGGUCUGCCUGGACCCUGCUCAUCAUUGGUAGUAUUGUUUCCUCUUGUGGACGUUGGUCACCUCUACCAUUUUAGUUAAAGGACAGAGGAGAAGAACCCAGAGAUGAGGUUGCAGUGGCAUUAUAUUUGCAUAGUAAGACUAUACAUGCACACUCUUUCAUAACUUGAGAUGGAUGAAUGAUCGGGUAUUGGAAUGUGGUGGAAAUUGCUGUUUUAAACCUUAAUUAUGACUGCAACAGAAACUGAAGUGUCUACAAGGAUAUUCAAUAGUGAUUGGUGAAUUAGAUACUGAGGAUUUAAGGAUUGGAGUGGAAAAGUAUUGUCCCACAGAUUCAAAAAUUAGCCAACAGCGGCUGAGGGCAUUAUUUUGCAGUUGAGGUUACUUUUCCACCACAAAGGAUGAUAGUUUACUCUUUAUAAUCCAAAAAUACAAGUCAAUAUAGAUGUCUUAGCACAAAUGGUUUUCUGUUGCCCAUAAAUGUCAUCAUCUGUCUUAAAUCCAUCACUGAGUGAACAGACUGUUCCUUUGUUGUUUUAUGGGAUUAUCUCUGAGACUUUUGAAUUCAGUAGACUUUCGCGUGCGCACACGCACACACACAAAUAAAUAAAUAAAAUCAGGUUUCAUUGGCCAGGGCCAGAAGAAAUUCCUUAAAGCCCUUGUACAUGGAAGGGAAAAUUGCAAGUUAUCUAGUCAUCUUUCUGUACCACAACUCCAUAAAAUUCCAUAUAUGUAGGUGUCUGGGCUUGUUUUCUCAUUUCCAAGCAUAUCUUAUAGCAGGUAAAAGCUAGUGGGACAGACCGAUUCACUUUAUCAUCUCCAAGGACAAUUAGGAUAUGUAUAGUAGGCCCGGGAAGGGACAUAUGUAUGAAGAAACACAAGAAAUAAACACUUUCCCAAAAAAGAUAUGGAGAAGGGGAGAUACACAAAUGUUUCUUCAGGAAAAAGUCUUAAAAGGGUGGUGGUCAUGUGAAUUUUGGUAGAGAACUCAUUCAGGUUUGGUUCAGACAAAUCUGAACCACUCAGUUGACCUCUGCCCCAGUAGUUAGGGGAUGAAAGAUUCAUGUACUGUUCACACACCUGCACAUACUCACCCUUAGAUGGAGUCUCCUGACAAAUAUGAAUUUUGUGAGGAAUCCUAAGCCAGUUAAAAAAGAAUAUUAGUUUAUUUACUGACUUGUUAUGUAGUGUAUAUGCAGGGAAUGCUAUAUAUAACAUGCAUGUGUGUGUAUGUAUACACACGCACUAUACCAGUUAGUACUGAGAUAUACUCCCUACAUAAGAAAAAUCCUGGUUGGUAAUAGUUUUGUAUCGUGCUCAGAGCCUAAGUACAAUAUACUUUACAUUUUAAAAAAUUGUUUUAAUUGGGAGACUCAUGACAACACAUCAUUGCCCCAGACCUACUCAAAUAAAUCCUCUGCCUUCAGUAAGUAAAGUAACACAAAUUAAUUAAAAGCCAUAUCAGACCCAAAAAACCACUUUGCCAUGAAGUCCAUAACACUUGAGCUCUGAUGGACUAUCAGUGGGAACACAAUAGAAAAUAGAAGGUCCUCAUAUGAAAAUGCUCUGCUGGUAAUACUGGACGGCUGUGUUCAAGUCACUAAUAAGACCAUCCACCAGAUUUUAACUGUUGUGAUACAGCCCAGAAAUAGAGACAUUCUCUUCAGGAAUUUGAAUCACAUACCCUUGUAGGCUUCAAAAAUUCCAUCUUUGAAUUUCACCUGGAAGUGAACUGACUGUUAUGGCCAUAAUGGAGAGAUUUCUAAAGAAAACAUUCAGGAUGUAUGUAAUAAUACAUAUGUUAACUUACUUGGAAAUGCAUUUCAUCAUUUGUUGCCCCUUUUGGGAUAACAAAUCUUGAUAUUAAUCUCAACAGAAGUAGGAACAAUGUAUGAACUCACAUGUUACAUGGCCUUCCCUUUGUGCUGAUUCAGCAUUCCGCUGCCCCUCCACCCUCAUCCCUUUCUUGAUCUUCUUCCCCGUACAGCAUGGGAGGAGGUUAUUUUAGUCUAUCAAUUACAUGAAAACAAAAUGUAACUUGGAUCUGUCAGUGAUGUCUUUCCAAUGGACUUCUUAAAAUCAAAAUAAUUUAGGCAACUUUAAAAAAAAAAAAAAAAAAGAGGAGGAGGAAUAAGAGACUCUCCUUGUGCUCAGGGGGCAGCAGAGGAGUGCCUGUUACCAAAACAACUUGAGGGAAUUCUCCCUGCACGUCAGUAACAAUGAUUAGGUCAGUGAUAGUGAUUUACUGUUUUCUCUGAGGUCACACAGCAUAAAGCAUAGGUUCAUCCAUACCUUUAAGUUGUGGCCUCUGAAAAUAAGUAGCUACUAUUAUAAAGAACAUCACUGAAGAGUUAGAUUUUUUUGUUGUUCCUCUGUUGGUUUAAGUAGAAAAUACCCAGCAGUCCACUGGAGCAGAUUCCAUUUUUCCUCCUGGUUGAGGUGUUGAAAGUGCAGAAGUGCUAAGUCCUCUAUAAAGCAUAUUCUUGGAGUAGAGUAACAUUCAAUAAAACAAAAAGACCAUUUUUUUCAUAAAAGAACAGAACAUCUUAGCUCCAUUGCAGCUGGAGCCAUAUAAUGGAGGCACAAAUGACUUCCAAUUUACCAUAAUUGUCAACACAUAAUAUUUUGCUAAAUAAAAUUGUUCUCUUCCCAAUUUGAAACCGUACUUUACAAAAUUGUCAGAAAGGAGCUCUUGUUGUAAUGGAAAUAGAGGCUUUGGGACAGACUAAAUACUGCAUCAGAUCCUAGCUAUUGAUGACAUUUGGUUCAAAAAAAUAGCAUUUCCAAUUAUCUUAUUGUUAUCUUUGGGCAAAAUCCCAAAUGUAAACUCUUAACAUGUCCAUUUAACUGUGGUAUGGCCAGUUAAACUGAACUCUGCUGUCUUGAGGAAGAAUAGGAUUAUCUUCAGUUUGUAUGUACAUGUGUACACACACACAUAUAUUGAGAAUAAAUUCAGUUCGGUCUUUUAUAUACUCUCUCGCUUAUAGAUUAGACAUUAUUAAAGGAGGAAUCUGACUGGUCGAUGAAUGCAUCCAUUAUAUAGUUAUCCAUCUGUAACCAGCCUGCUCUGGAUUUGUUAGCCAGUUUUUACAAAAAUGUGACCCAGAAAGUUGUUAAAACAAUUCACACUUCAAGAAGUGCAGUUGCACUCUUUCUACUCCUUAGAAGAGUCAAAAUCAACUCCCAUUGAUGUCAGUAGGAGUCUCCCUUGCCUUCAGUGGGAGUUGGAUCAUAUCAUAGAGUGUCUUAGACACUUGACAAUGGAUCUCCUAUCUUACAGAGCAUUUAACAUGCAAAUGUCUUUGGUACAACCACCCUUCUUUUUGUGUACUGUUAAGAUACAGGCAUUGCAUGUGGACAUAGUGUCAUCUGCUCUUUUUUCUAAUCUAAUGCAAAUCUGCUGGCUGUUUGACUCAUGAUUUGCAAAUUAUGUUCAGUAUCUUAUGUAUUGCCACCCAUUCAGAAUAGGAUCAGAUUCCAUAAACCUAAAAGCAGUUUACGUCAAAGAGCAGUGAAAGGAAGGAAAUGUGUAUACACAUGCAUGCACCCAUAUAGCUCUACACAUGGACAGUACAAUAUAAAAACACAAUUGUUCUCUUCUGACUUUCAUCAUCAAUGAGGAGGAUAAGUGGAAUAAUUACCACUUGCCACGUGACUCUAUCCUGCCUAUAAUUAAGUUGGUAAUAGAGUUAAGCCUUCAUGUAUUCUUCCUAACAGUUUGGUAUGUACGCACAUUCCUGCUUUCAUCCCUAGCCAGUAAAUCCAGAUGGCAGUCUGAUUGCAUACUUGUACCAAUCCAACUCUGUCCUCCUUUUUCUUUCUCAUGCAUGCCCAUGCCCUGAGCGAACAGACUACUCUGAGCUUUCAUUCCCUUGGGGCUCCAUCUGGAGGGUUUUAGAGACUGCUGUGGGACUACAAAUAAUGUUAUCCUUGGGGAGAAGAGAGUAUGUGGUACAGAAUAGAUUGGUGUGGUCAGGGAUGUCAAAUGCACCAGAUAUGGCUUUUCUGACUAAAUUCCUUUUCGUGGAGCAUCUCUUGGGCUUUAUGCCAGUACUCCCUGCAAAGCUUGCUUUGCUUGGGUGAAUCUCCUUGGAAGACAUUUCAGUUCCUGUCCCUGAGUAAGUGGAGGGUCCCCAACUGGAAUAAUCUGGGUCCCACUCCUUCCCUUCCCUCCCCCUCCUUCAGUAAGAGGUAGCACCACAGAGCUGUGAGAACAAUGCUUGUGGGUAGCAGCUGGCUUCUGGCACCUUCAUAAAAUACCUCAGCAUAGCUUAGCAUUGUCACAGAACUGAAAAAUCAGAAGAGAAAAACAAACUUUAUAAAUAGUGGAGAUAAUUCUAGCUGUAGAGUUUAGUUGAACUGAUGUUUAUUAUGAUUGAUAAACAUGAUUAUGCUGUAUGUAUUCGAGAUCCUGUUGAUAGGUUACAACUUUAUAGGGUUGGGUGGGGGCGGGUGGAUGUUGGGGAGGGUGGGGGAGCGAAGGGAGUUGACUCUGUUAGAAGGAAAAUGUUGCUCAUGAAUUUUUUUCCUUGUAUCUGUCUUGCCAAAGGAAACAGUUUGUUGCUCCUGGGUUUGGGAUUGUUGUUUGGUUGGUUUAUCUGUGGUCUAAUCUGCAGCACAGCACACGAUGGCAUGCAGGUUACUGAUUGGGUGGCUGUUCAGGGUCCUUUAGGUGCACACAUGCUUUCCCCUCCCUCCCUGCCGUUUCCUUAUGAAUAAUAAGGGUCUUUGUAGGGAUCUAAAGAUCAGGCAAGGUGUGUAUAUAUUGGGAGCUUGGGGGAGAGGAGGUGAAUAUAUUGGGUCAGAUUCAGCCCAGGUAUACAUCCAUUUUAGCCAGUGGAGUUGCACCAGGGCUGAAUUGGGGCCAUGGCAUUUAAGUUUGGGAAAGAGAGAACGGUUGUUGCAUCUUAAUCUAACUGAGAGAGCAAAAAUGAAACAGGUUCCUUUUAUCCCCCUUGUCUUGUUACUGAAUGUAGGGCUUGUAGUGCUUGAUAAUAGGUUGAAAACUUUUUAAACACUUCCUUUUCUAAAAGCAAUGCUAAUCCUGUCUAGACCAAAAACUACAAAAGAAAAAACCAAACUGAGAAGUGAAAGCUAACCUGCUCUUAGCACCUGGGUGGUGUACCUGAAAGGAUCGAAAUACUGUGAGUCAGUCUGGGGAGAGGGGUGUUUGGGGAGGAGGGAGGUGCAUUCUUCUCAUGGUGUUUGUCUUAACUUUGGGGUGGGAGUACUGGGGGAAGUGGUGAUGACUUGGGAGGGAUUCCUAGCCUCUUCCAUCCUGACUUCAAGGCAUCCCUUCCAUUCUUCCGACUUCCCUAAAGAGGGGUGGGGGUGGGGAGGUGAGUGAGCGAGUGAGUUUUUGAGUGGUUGUGUGGAUCUAAAGAGGUGAAUUUCUAAGGAGCUCAGAGCUCCUUUGGGAUGGGAGAAUUUCCAAUGGCUUGGUAGGGAACCAAAGGCACUGAUAAGUCGUCAAAUCUGCUGUUGUCAGAGCAGAUAAGAGGAAAAGCUGGGCCUUUUUCGCGCUUUGGGUGGAUGUCCCUUUCUGCAAGGAUCUCGUCUCCUGUAGGUGUUGCUGCCUUUUUGUGCACAGGGAUGUUUUGGCUCUGUGAGGACAAACUGCAAAUGGGGAUUGCUCAAUGUGGCAGCCUAGGUCUCAGCUGCUGCUGGAAAUAGGAAAAACUGUUUCUUCCCUUCAAAUAUGGAAGCAGGGUUACCAAGGUCAGAGUCCCUUCCAACAUCCUGCAUGUUUCUCUUCUAAAGAUGGGGGACCCAGGAGACUCCUUUAUUUACUCCCCAAAAUAGCCAUGUACAUUGUCAUGCAUUGUGCUAUUGGGUUGAGUUGUUUUAUCAGUGAACCUGGCGAACGCUUGUGAAGAAAGGGAAAGGGUGGAAAAUAGAUUAAUUGUCCAGCUACUCUUCCUCCGGAAACCAAUCGGGUUGCAGAACUUCACUGAAAGCUUUACUAAUAGAAUUGUUGUUCUGACAUUAUGUAAAAGUGGUAUUAAUAUUGUGUGACUUUUCAAAGAGCUAGAUAGAUUUAUAGGUAGGUAAUAGGGAUAUUGAAGAAAUGACUUCUCAAUUAUAAGAGCACUUGGAACAAAAGAUGUGGAAAACAAGGUGUGCUUUAAGGUAAACAAAUCUGAGGAAGGAAAUGAAACAACCUGGGCGAGGGAAGGGAGGAUGAUAUCCUUUGGGAUUCCUCAGUGCUACUGAGUUGUUCUGCCCCAGGACUGGAGCACCCCCUCUGCCUUAUUUCAUCUCUCUACCAAACAAGACAUUGUCAAAUAGCUCAGGCCAAAAAUGUAAUUUACCUUAAAAUUGUUCUAGUCUGCUGGGGAAUUUUUCCCUCCAGAGUUUUAUAUAGACCAUAAAAUAAUGUUUAAUCCUCCACACUGUCCCCAAGAACUAACCCCUUCCUCCCCCUCAAAAAAAUUCUCAAUCUAAUAUUGUGAGACCCACUAAAAUUAUUGCCCCCUGCUGAUUUUUGUAGCAGCAUCUAGUUAACAAACAUUAUUCUCUGAGCUGUGCUAAUGUUAUGGAUGGUGCUGGCAUGCUAUGGUGCUAUAGAAAUCCUAAGUUAUUAAACAAAGAGGAUCCUGUUUUGGCUCCAUCCAGGACACUGGAAACUAUUUAUGCCAAGUCAUAAACCCUGGAAAUCACACAGCCCCCUUCAGAAAUCAAAGCUCUUCUAAAAAUCAAAGCAAGCAUCCUUGAUAGUGUCCUUCAGAACAAGGCAGAUUAGAUUUAAAAAAAAAAAUCAGUCCUUUCCCAUGGUUUCCCUCACUGUGUUGGUCCUGGUGCCUUCUUUGCACAAGUGAGCUGAAGGAUGAAAUCUCAGCAAGCUGAGACACCCAUACAGACUCAUAGCCCAGCUCUGCUACCGUUUGAGAACUGGGAGCAGGGCUGGACCCUCAUUUUGCAACAGGGAGAGGAAAGGGGCACUGCAGAACUGCCUGCCAUUGGUUUGGAGUAAUGUGAAUAGGGCAGUUCUGGUGGGGGGCAAGUGCUGAUCACCUUAGAGAGCAUCACGAUCCCACUCUGUCGGAAGGAUCAGUGCAGUAGCCAACCCCAUGCCUGCCAGUGCUGCUGUUGUUCCAUUUCCUUCCUCGGCAGUGGUGUCUAAGGCUAGGUGUGAGUAGGUGUGGGGUGUUUAUCCGCCACAGGUACAGGAGCUGUCGUAUACCUCAUUUCUGACUCGUAACUGAGUAACUUGCUUUAACUUUCUCCAAACCCUACAGAGUUGCCAAGUCUGCCCUCCCUCCCUUGAUUAACGUUGAACUCUGGCAUAUAGCAGCCCGUGACCUGCAACCUGGGGAGUGACCCCCUAAAGCCUCUGAAUGUCGCUGCUUAAAAGCUACUGCAAACUGAGGGCAAAUUGCAAUCUUAUACUAUUUCUUUUGGUUACAAGGGGUCCUCUCGAUUAGUCUGUGAAUAUCCAAAGGCACCCUCCCUCCAAUCUGUGCAUGAAACUUCCACAACUGCCUUUCCCCGCUCUCCUGGUGUCAGGACUACACUGAAACUCCAGGGUCAGGCAAGUCCCUGAAGGCUUCUUUCAGCUGAGUGCUGUGCACACACUACUCAUCCAUUUCUUUUUUUCUUUUUUUUU